GUUGAACCCGUGAUAGUCAUAAGAUUCAUGCACAAAAGAUUAAGAGAGAGAAAACUGUUUCAGUAUCCAGUACCGAAGUGCAGCUCCAUCCAUUGCGAGGAAAAGCUGGUUGUGUGAACCUUGGAGAAUGCCCCGUCCUGGUACAUCAAGUGGUCUCGGGGCCUACAGCUCUGGCAGAGGCAGGUCACAUGGGCUCAGUGUGGAAGAGACUGCUGGAAUUGCUAUUCUUGCCAUCGUGGUUGCCCUUGUUCUAAUUAUUGGCUGCUGGUACUUUAAGAGGAGGAGUGGCUAUAAAAUACUUGGGACUCAGCAGUUCCGUCCUUCUGCAAUCCGCGCUAUGAUGGGUGGAGCAAGAGAGCCUGCAGAGUGUAAAGUACCAUUACAGGAUUAUAACACCCUGAAUGUUGCUCCAGGAGCUCCGCCAGCAUAUGAGAAGGUCUCUGCAGAAGCUCAGCCUCCACCAUAUACUCCCUGAACCAAAUGUCAGCCAUGUGUCCCAUUUUUCUGUGUUAAAGGAUCACUACCAAAUAAAGUUGAACAAAACUUGUUUAUGAAAA